GCCCCAGCCCGGGGUCCAGGCUUCGCUACAGCCCAACCCCAGCUGGAGAGCCGGCCCAGCUCCCAGGCGCGGUGCAGGAGGAGGAGGAGGAGGAGGAGGAGGAGCGGGAGGGGGCGGCGUGCCGGGGGCGCGCCUCGUGGCCGUGCUCGCUCCCUCUGGCUCUCUCUCCCUCCCUCCCAUCUCCUUCUCUUCCCUCCCUCGCCUGCGCUACGGGCCGCAAGAGAAGGCGGCGGUGGCGGUGGCGGCGGUGGCGGCGGCAGCUGGGGAUCAGACAUGGCGGCGGAUCUGAACCUGGAGUGGAUCUGCUCCUUGCCCCCGACCUGGACUUACGGGAUCACCAAAGGCGGCCGCGUGUUUUUCAUCAACGAGGAGGCGAAGAGCACCACCUGGCUGCACCCCGUCACGGGAGAGGCCGUGGUCACCGGGCAUCGGAGGCAGAGCCCAGAUUUGCCUACUGGUUGGGAAGAAGCAUAUACUUUUGAAGGAGCAAGAUAUUAUAUAAAUCAUAAUGAACGGAAAGUGACCUGCAAACAUCCAGUUACAGGACAACCAUCACAGGAUAAUUGUAUUUUCGUCGUAAAUGAACAAACCACUACAACUAUGACCUCGGAAGAAAAGAAGGAACGACCCAUAAGCAUGAUAAAUGAAGCUGCUAACUAUAAUUUGACUUCAGAUUAUGCAGUGCAUCCAGUGAGCCCUGUGGGCAGAUCUUCACGGUCUUCAAAAAAAGUUCAUAAUUUUGGAAAGAGAUCAAACUCAAUUAAAAGGAAUCCCAAUGCACCUGUUGUCAGACGAGGUUGGCUUUACAAACAGGAUAGUACUGGUAUGAAGCUGUGGAAGAAACGCUGGUUUGUGCUUUCUGACCUAUGCCUCUUCUAUUACAGAGAUGAAAAAGAAGAAGGCAUAUUGGGAAGCAUUCUCUUGCCUAGUUUUCAAAUAGCUAUGCUAACCUCUGAAGACCACAUUAAUCGCAAACAUGCUUUUAAGGCCGCCCAUCCAAACAUGCGGACCUAUUAUUUCUGCACUGAUACAGGAAAGGAAAUGGAGUUGUGGAUGAAAGCCAUGCUAGAUGCUGCACUUGUACAGACAGAGCCUGUGAAAAGAGUGGAUAAGAUCCCAUCUGAAAAAGCACCAUCUAGAGAAGUCAAUAAUAUUUCCAACCAUAGGGUGCUAAUUAAGCCAGAGAUGCAGAGUAGUCAGAAGAAGAAGGAAGUAAGAAAAAUUGAAGAAAAAAGGGCCUUAGAAGCUGAAAAAUAUGGAUUUCAGAAGGAUGGUCAAGACAGACCUUUAACAAAAAUUAACAGUGUAAAACUGAAUUCUCUGCCCUCAGAGUAUGAGAGUUUAACAACUAGCACGAAUCCUCCUGGACGCUACAGGCCAGCUCAAACCAAUGGUUCAGACACUAAAGCAGUCAAUGUUAGCCUGGCAGACCUUAGAAGUGGAAGCCAUCCUAAUACUGUACCAGUGCAUAUGGAGUCAGAUCGCGUCAUCCAGAGAACCAAUUCAAUGUUGCAACUGGAGCAGUGGAUCAAAAUCCAGAAGGGGAAGGGUCAUGAGGAGGAGCCCAGAGGUGUGAUAUCUUACCAGACAUUACCAAGAAAUAUGCCAAGCCACAGAACCCAUGUUGUCCCUCGCUAUCCUGAAGGCUACAGAACCCUCCCAAGAAAUACCAAGACAAGACCAGAGAGCAUAUGUGGGAUAACUCCAUCAGCUCAUGACAGGACCAUGGGAGCACCAACAGAAGACAAACGGAGAUCAAUGAGAGAUGACACAAUGUGGCAACUCUAUGAAUGGCAGCAGCGGCAGUUCUAUAGUAAGCAAAGUACUCUCCCUCGACAUGGCACUUUAAGCAGCCCUAAAACUAUGAUUAAUAUUUCUGACCAAGCAAUGCACUCUAUUCCCACAUCACCUUCACAUGGUUCAAUAGCCGCUUAUCAGGGAUAUUCUCCUCAACGAACGUUUAGAUCAGAAGUAUCUUCACCCAUACAGAGAGGAGACAUAACAGUGGACCGCAGACACAGAACACAUCAUCCUAAGCAUGUUUUUGUACCUGACCGAAGGUCGAUGCCGGCAGGCUUGACUUUACAGCCAGUUAAUCCGCAAAGCCUCCAAGGCAAGACGCCAGAGGAGCUCACACUGCUGCUAAUAAAGCUGAGACGGCAGCAAGCUGAACUGAGUAGUAUCCGGGAAAAUACAUUAGCACAACUCAUGCAACUCAAACUUGAGGCCCACUGUCCAAAGAAUGAGAUUCUUUCACAUCAUCUUCAAAAGAACACCCUAUACUUGGAUCAUCAGAUGAAAGAGAAUGAACCUUUAAUCACCAUGGUUCACACUAUGAUUGAGAACUCGGCGCUAAGACCCCAACUGUACCAGCAACUGUCACAAGAUGAGUAUAGAGGUACAUUGUACAAGUACAGAUCUGAAGAAGUGGAUAUUGAUGCGAAGCUAAGCAGAUUAUGUGAACAAGAUAAAGUGGUACAUGCAUUGGAAGAGAAACUUCAGCAGCUCCACAAGGAGAAAUAUAUGCUUGAGCAAGCUUUGCUAUCAGCCAGCCAAGAAAUAGAGAUGAAUGCAGAUAAUCCAGCAGCCAUUCAGAAUGUAGUUUUGCAAAGGGAUGAUUUACAGAAUGGACUACUUAGCACAUGCCGAGAAUUGUCUCGAGCUACUGCGGAGCUAGAAAGAGCAUGGCGAGAAUAUGACAAAUUAGAAUAUGAUGUAACAAUCACAAGGAACCAGAUGCAAGAGCAAUUGGAUCGACUUGGUGAAGUUCAGACGGAGUCAGCUGGCAUUCAGCGUGCACAGAUUCAGAAAGAACUUUGGAGAAUUCAAGAUGUCAUGGAAGGUUUGAGUAAACAUAAACAGCAUCGAGGCACCACAGAGGCUGGUAUGUUGGGAUCAAAGACUUUUACAGCAGUUAAGUAUAAAAAUGAGGGUCCUGAUUAUAGACUUUACAAGAGUGAACCAGAAUUAACAACUGUGGCAGAAGUUGAUGAAUCUAAUGGUGAAGAAAAAUCUGAACCUGUGUCUGAAAUAGAAUCUGUAACUAAAGGUUCACAUUUUCCUAUUGGAGUUGUACCUCCCAGAACCAAAUCGCCAAUGCCUGAGUCUUCAACAAUAGCAUCUUAUGUAACCUUAAGGAAAACUAAGAAGACUGAUAUAAGAACGGAAAGGCCUAGAAGUGCUGUAGAACAGCUGUGUUUGGCUGAAAGCACUCGACCUCGUAUGACUCUUGAGGAACAAAUGGAAAGAAUAAAAAGACGCCAACAAGCUUGCCUAAGGGAGAAGAAAAAAGGACUGACUAUCAUUGGAACUUCAGACCAAUCACCCCUUCAGAGUCCAUCAUUUUGCAGAGAUAAUCCAUUCAGGGUGAUCCAGAAUCAGAGGGAUGAUUUGGUUUCAAGUAACAUUAAGGAACUGGAGAACCUCAAUAUAGAAAACAAUAUUAAACCAAACCUUGAAACUUCUGCAGAAGAAGUAGCUCAACUAAAUGAAACUGUCAACAUAGACCAUCAGGAUGUGGAUUUCAGUAAAGAGUUAUUGAAAACUGACAAUAACUCAUUCUGUGAAUCACUAUUCAAAUCUGAGCCAAGUGAAGAGAAUUCUGAAGAAAUAAUGGAUAAGCAAAAGGAUAGAGAAGAAAUGUCUGAUGAUAUUUCUUAUAGCCCCCAAAUUGUGGCUCCAAUCACAAAUCAUAAAUCUGAAGGCAAUUCAGAAGAAAAGGAAAUAGCCAAUGUCAACAAGCAAGAAGGGAAUGUCAUUUCUUAUGAAACUAUGGCUGAAACUUCAAGAGGAAAUCAAGCAAUAACCGUGAAAACUCUGCCCCCAUCCCCCGAGCCCUCCACGUCACCUGUCCCGCCAGCUCAGCCACCGCUCCCAGAAGGAUCCCAUUUCAUGUGUGUAUAGUUACAGAGAAGUAUGUUCUUUUUUCCCCCCUUUUUGCUUGUGCUUCCUAGGUAGUUAGCUGCCUGAGCAUUUGUCCUGUUGUCUAAUCGAUUCUCCUAGACAGUACACGAAUGGCUUGGGAAAGGAUGGGGAGGGGGUAUUUGUAAGCAACAGGUCAGAGCUCCUGCCUCAGCCGUCCAUCAGGAGAGGCCAGGAGGGCUUCACCAUUGGAUGUUUAAGUCCUUCUCGGUGCUUGCCGCAGCGGUCUGUCUUAGGAAUUCUUUCACUCUGACUGACUUUGGGCAUUGAUUCUGAUGGGUUCCCUUCCACCCCAGCCUGCUUCAGGCUCUCCCACGUAGGCUGCCUCUGAUCUGCUGGGGCUCCCCAUUAUGCCCUUCACUGGUUGCCAAAUAAUCUUUCCAAAACACGGCCCCCUGGGAGCCUGCUAGUCAGCUGUUUGUUUAAAAAAAAGCAUUUUGAGUAGAGCAAAAUGAGUCAUUGAGGGCUUUCUUCAACAAGAUACUGCCCAGGCGUACCUUAACAUCCUAUAAGAUUCCUUAGAGGGGACAGCUGGGUGGCUCAGUGGAUUGAGAGCCAGGCCUAGAGCCGGGAGGUCCUAAGUUCAAAUCUGGACUCAGACACUUCCCAGCUGUGUGACCCUGGGCAAGUCACUUGAAGACAAUACACAGUAUUGACUCCAAGAUGGAAGGUGAGGGUUUAAAAAAAAAAAGAUUACUUAGAAGAAGUCACUAAAGAGAUUUAUUUGACUUCAUGAUCAUUAAUAUUAAGCAAAGCAAAAAAUUGGGGCAUGUGUGUUCUAAAGGUCUGUUUGGUAUCAUCAUAUAAGAGGUCCAGGGACCCAAUCCAAAAGGAACAAUUCCUUCCAAGGAUGGUAUACUAACCCUAUACUUAGGUAUAGGGUUUAGGAUUGCAAAGUGCCCCAUAAGGAUUCCUUCAUUUUAUGUGAUCAUGCUAAAAAUUACUUACAAAAUGAGACAGUGCUUGCAAAUGGAACCCAUCUCACAGCCCCCUUUUACACUGGUGGGAACUGAAGCAGAAAAGGUGGAGGGAGGCACUUGUUUUCUGUGGUGCCUCUUUUCUUUAAAUCCUGCUCUGUAUGGCUGUGAGUAAUGCAACACUACGGUCCCCAGUGGGCAGCUAGGCCCUCUGGCAGAGAGUUUUACAACUGGCAAGUCACUCUGUGUCUUUUUGCCCCAGUUCCCUCCACAGUUAAAUAGGGAUAGUGAUAGCAUCUAUGUAAAGGUCCAGUGAGAAGCUGUUUGUAAAGCACUUAGCAAGGUGCCUGCUAUUAUGGUUAACUCUGAAAAGUUUUUUAAAAUUCAAAGUUGAGGUAAUAGAGAAGUGCAUGGUGAGCCUGAGUAGCUGCAGCACAUGUUGUCAUCAGGCAGAUAGGAAGAAAACCUUGGCUCAUCUUGCCAAAAAGAACCUGCAGGCUUUCGAGGAGGAAGACACAUAAUGGCAACAGAGCUCAAAAGGGAUACGCACCCAGUAAACCCCUGCAAAGAAUUUGUGAGAAGAAGCAGACAAGCUUCACUCUAUGAGUUGCAAUCUGUGAGAGCAAUUGAUGAAUUCUCCUUUGUACUAAUAUAUUUUGAUAAAGAUCAUGUGGUAUCUUUUUAUUUUCCUUUUUUUCUUCUUAAACAUUUACCUUCUCUCUUAAAACUGAUAACUAAAUAGUGGUCUAAAUUUAUCUGUUGAAUUAAAUUGAAUGAAAUGCUUUUAUGAUAAAUCUAACCCAGUGACAUCAAAAGCCAUCAAAAUGAUUUCUCUAAUAAAUUUAUCAAAAGGGUAAGAAGCAGCCAUGAAUUUUAGUGAAAAUGCUGAUGAUCAAAAAAAGUGGUAACCUCUAGGGGAGAAUAUAGAACACCAGGAGUCCAGAGCCCCACUCCUAUGUUAGCUCUACCACUAGUUGGCUAUUUGACCUUGAACAAGUCAUUUUACUUUGGGCCUCUGUUUCCUUAGAUGUAAAAUAAAUUGUUAGACCAAAUGCUCACUAAAGUUCUUUACAACUUUUUUUUUGCUACUGUCAUAUGCAAGUUAAGGGAAUUACCUAUUAAAAAACAAAUUGAAAACAAAAAGACUAAACCUAGGACUUUCUUCUAAUGGCUGGCUUCUAAAUUCCUUAGCUUUUAGGUCUGAAAAUAAUUUCCUAGAAUCAAUUUGUUACAAAACUUCAAAAAAAACAGUAAAUAUCAAGUUAUUGUGAUUUUUGCCAAUUAUGGGAGCUUGCAAAUCAUCCUAGGUUGUUUUUCCUUGUGUGUUAUUGUUUUGGUGUUUUGUUUUUGUUUUUUCAGAAAAAAUCAGAAUAAGAAACUUCUGCUCUUUUCCAAUUUUAUUUUCAGCAUCUAGGUGUAGUAACAUUUGGUAUUAUCUAUAGGCAUAUUCAUCAACAAAUACUUUGGAAUGCUUAUUGGUCUGCAUUCAUUAAGUGCCAACUAAGUGUCCUGCCCUAGGCCAAACCCUUAGAUAACAAGUGAAAUCACCCCCACUCUCGAAGAAUAUACAUUAUAAAGAGAGACAUUCAGUUGAAAUGUGAAUAGUAAAUAGAUCAUUUAGCAUAAUGUCUUCCUCUUUGGGGACCUCUUAUAUAUGAAUAAAUACAUUUGUUCUGGAGGUCCCAGGAAAAAAAGUAAGGCUUCCCAGAGUAGGUGGUGCAUAAGCUGAAUAUUGAAGGAAAAAGGGAUUCUCUGUGACCCAAGUGAAUAGGAAGAUGGCCCAUGCAAAGGCUGGGAAGGAGAUGUAGACAUCACUCUUUGUCUAGAUGAGAGCACAGGAGGGGGACUAGUGUGUAGUUUUUAAUGAAAUCAGAAAUAUAAGUUAUUUGGGGAAAAAUAUAACUGAGUUCAGUUUUUGACAUGUUGAUCCUGAUCUGUAGGGGACAUCCAGUUUGAAAGGUGUAAUAGGCAAUUGGAGAAUAUAGUGUGAAGAGGCUCCUGGGCCAAGCCUUGUUAGGAGAUGAGAGGCAGAGGGUGAAAUCCAGUGAGACGGAUAAGGGCUGGGCAGAAGAGAUCCAGAAGAGAGUCACAAAUACUGUGAGGAGUGCCCAGUAAGAGAGUUGUUGAUAAUAGCAAAGCCAAAGGGUGGGGGGCGGAACCAGGAUUGAGAAAGAAUCAUUAGAUUUGGCAGUUAGUUAAGAGGACAUUAUUAAGUUUAGAGUAAGCAGUUUCAAAUUAAAAAGAUUGUGGAUGCAAGGUUGCAUAAGGAUGAAGAAUGAGUAAAAAGUGGGAGAGUAGAGGCAAGGAAUGUUGACUUUUAGGAGUUGAUCUAACAAGAGGGAUAUAAGAGGACACCUUGAGGGGAUGGUGCACAUUGAAGAAAGUAUGGAAGGAAGAAGUUGGAGAUUAGAGAAAGAUGAUUGAAAUUGUACCAUUUCUUCUACAUAGAGAAGUUUCUACUGUGCAAGCCCCUUACCCAUACUUUUUGGACCCUACCCAGAAGACUGGCCUGAAAAUGGAAAACAAAGGCAUUUGGCAUAAUACUGACUUACUCUGGAUUUUAUGGUCUGUGUCCAGGUGCUGUAUUUAGGUAUAUUCACCAAUUCUUGGUUUUGAAUGCUCUGGGUUAGCAUUUAUAAAGCUCCUCUGUGUCCUGCACUAGGCUCAACCCUGAGGAUACUCCAGUGAAAUGACUCCUAAUCUCAGAGAACUUACAUCAUAAAGGGAUGCAUUAAAUGGAAGAGUGAAUAUUAAAUAGCUCAAUUAGUAUAAUGACUUAGACUUUGGGGAAAUCUUAUCUAUAAAAAAAGAGAAUAAAUACAUUGUAGUGGGCUGGACUGGCUGAUUUGGGAGUCUAGAUUAGGCCAAAUGCCUUUUUUUUUUCCAUUUUCUGGCUACUCUUCCAGAUCCAGAAAUGGUUAUAUUUAACUGUAUUCUAGUCUUCUGAUGCUUUUUACUUUAAAUCUUUUCCACUGGAAACAAUAUUAAUUUAUUCUUUUAAUGACACCAAUAACAAACACCCAGGAAGGCAAUAAGUAUUAUUGCCAAGCAAAAUAUACGUGAAGAUGGCUGCCUCUGUUUUAGUAGAGUGUUGCCCAAAAAAGACAUCCAUCAUUAUUGGUUGAUUAAGUAUUAAAGGGCAAAAAUUAAAUGUAUACCAGCCAUAUGGCUACCAUGGCUCUAUGGCAAAUUUAGAUGUAGUACAUACCCAUUUUGAUGAUAAGAUCUUGUUAUUUAGCAUUAUCACUUUAAUUUCUUUGAUAUUCUUUUUUUUUUUAAACUCUUACUUUACUUCUUAGAAUCAAUACUGUAUAUUGGUUCCAAGACAGAAGAGUGGUAAAGGCUAGGCAAUGGGGGUUAAGUGACUUGUCCAGGAUCACACAGCUGGGAAGUAUCUGAGGGCAGAUUUGAACUGAGAACCUCUGAUCUCCAGGCCUGGCUCAAUCCACUGAGCCACCCAGUUGCCCCUCUUAAAUUGUUUUGAAAGAGUUGUGCUGAAGGUAUAGUGAUAUCAUAGAAUGAUAAUGUAUAACAUAAUUUUAACCUAUAUCUGCCAACCUAUAUAUAACCAUUAGGAUGAGCUGGUGUCAUCCUAACUUUGGAUAUUUAACAUUUUGUUGUCUAUAUGUAUAUAUAUCAUUUUCUGAAUUCUUGGCUUUGGUAGUAUUUAGGAAAGUUUUUGAAUUGUUACAUAUUUUAACAUUUUGUACAAAGCUGUCUUGUGUUGUUUCUCAAUUUUCCCUCAUCCAUCAGUUAGCAUUUACUAUUUUUAUUACUUCAUGUUCAACAAAUUCAGCUGUUUAUGAUUUUGUAUUGCUACUAAUAGCAUUUUUUAAGUGCAAGUAAAAAACCAUUUUCUUCAUUGUAACUUGGAAGAUUAACAACCAUGAAUAUAAACACUGCUCUCUUUCUCUCCCCCUUCCUCUCUCUGUCUCUCUCUGUCUCUGUCUCUCUGUCUCUGUCUCUGACUCUCUCUCUGUCUCUCUCUCUGUCUCUCUGUCUCUCUCUCUGUCUCUCUCCAUGUGUCCCCCCCCUUAGAAAUGUGUGAACACUGAUUUUUUAACUCUGUAGGUGGUAAAGUAAUUUUCUUUCCUUUCUUUUUUUCUAGCUACAACAGCUUCUGUUGAAACAAGGUCGUAGUUAAGGAUAUGGACCUAUGGAAAUGUGAGAAGAAAUUGUACAGUCUCUUAAAUCUAUGAAAUUCAUAGUUCAGAUGCCUUUAGCCACAGAGCAUCAUUUUAUCACUUCUGGAAAUGUUUAUUCCAAGAUAGCUUUAAUGGCCCAUAGGUACACCCCACAGUAUCAAGGUUAUCUAUUAUGACACCAGCUUGCUGCUAUGAUUUCAGUGCACACAAAUAAUGGUGCUUUUUAAUGUGUAGCCUACAGCCAUAGCUUAGUUGCUGUGUUCCAGAUUUAAAUGUUUCUUAAUUCUGAGUUGAUUUCCAUUUGGCUUUUGGCUUUUGAGUACAUGAAAUUGGUUACUUUUCCACAUCCCUGCUGAAGCUUAUUUUCUCUUUGGCUACUACAAUGCAUUGUUUCACACUUGGUUUGUAAAAUUCUUAUAUAUGUGUGUGUAUUUAAAAUGUGCCAUUUUAUUAUUGCUAAGUGAAAUGUCCUGUUUUUUGCUGUAAUUAUUUCUCAGUCCCAUUGCACUCAGUCACAUUGCAGCGUCAGCAGUUACUGCCACACUGUUGUCAGCAUAUACACAAAUGUUAUGGCCUAUUUUUCCUUAAAAACAAAAUAAAGUGUAGGUAUUUUGAGGUACUGGACUUUUAAUUCUUUGGAAUAGGUGUACAGCAAUAAGGUUUCCAAUUCCAGUACUUAGUUUGUGUACAAAUGUAAUUAUGUUCAUUGUGUAUAUAUUAUACAAUGAGCACAUGCAAUAUAAGUAUAUAAAGUUACUAUUGUUUAAAUGCAAAUGUUCAUAUCUCAUUUCUUUUCUAUCAUGUUAAAUAAAUGUUGAUGUUCUUAAA